CGAGCGAACAAGUUUAGGAGCGAACGAUUCGGCGACGUUGUCAUUUGUAAUAAGCGCGUGUCCCCGUCGUGCACAGUGGUCGAGGGUUCAAAAGCAAAAACCCGUCUUCCGCAUCGGCUGGUCCGAGGUGGACGCGGAGCGGGGCUGUGGCUGCGGCUGCGGCGUCCGAGGAGGUGGUCAAUACAGCAGAAGGCAAACCGAGCGGUAAAGAAAACAUGCGGCGACUGCUAGUGCUCGAGGACGACGCCUUCAGCCGCGCUGUUGCUUGAGGAACUGCGGACGCGCUGAAAUCUCGAAGAUACUUGGGGCACAAGGCGAUAACGAAAGUGAGGACGAUCAGGAAAGCGAAAGUCCUCACUGCAAUUUCGUCAACUUACCCGCGCGUUCUUGUGUGUGUCCACGGCAAUGACUGAGAAAAAGGCUAAGCGGUUGUCCACCGAGAUGGAUGGCAGUGGUAAGCUCGAAGAGGAAGCCCAACGCGCUGCCAACUACGGUGACUGGAUCUGCACCGAUACCGAGUGUGGCAAUGUGAACUUUGCAAAGCGCAGUUCCUGUAAUCGUUGUGGCAAAGACCGAGGAGAAUGCCCCAAAAAGAAGAAGCUUGGUCAGGAAAUUGGAAAAGCAGCUGCUGAAAAGAGUCGAGGUUUAUUUAGUGCAGAUGAUUGGCAAUGCAGUAAAUGUGGCAAUGUCAAUUGGGCACGUCGUCAACAAUGUAACAUGUGCAAUGCUCCAAAAUUUGGAGAGGUUGAAGAAAGAACGGGUUAUGGAGGUGGAUACAAUGAUAGAGGUGUCGUUGAGUACAAAGAACGCAGAGAUGAUGAUGAUGAUGAGUAUGAUGAGUUUGGUAGGCGCAGAAAGAAACGAAAAUUAGAAAACCGCUCCGAUGAUGAUUCCAAAGAUUCAUCAAGAUAUAGCAGUCCACCUCGAGGCAGAUCAAAAAUUUUGAAUAGUAAAACAGAUGAAUUGGAUAAAGAGAAGGAAGAAGUUAAACAAGAUAUAGAAGAGUCGAAUGAAGUAGCUGUAGAACCAGAGAGAGAAGAUGAUGAUGAUGAUGAAGAUGAAGAUGAAGAUGAAGGAGACUUAUCAAAGUAUGAUUUGAGUGAAUGGGAUGACUUCACACCCAUAAAAAAAAAUUCAAAUGGUAAAGCUGGUUCAUCGGAAGAACGUCAGUCUAGAUGAGAAUGAUGCUUCAAAUUAUGUAUUAUGAAAGCUUGCCAAGAAAAUGAAUUCUGCAUAGUGAAAGAAAAUCGCCCAAUUGCGCACAUGUUUGUAAUCCUAUAAAUAAUAACAACGCCAAAUUUUGUAGAAUGAAUUUGCAAAAUAUGCAAAAUUCUAUUUGGUAAUUCGGAAAAUAAGUAGAGUACACUGCUAAUUUCGCAAAAUAGUGAAAACUGUUUAAAAAUCAUUUUAAUUUUUUCAUGAUAUC